GAACCCUGAUUGCUCUCCUUCAACACAUUCAUUAUGAAGUUAUUAGUAAUACUUUUAUUUUCUGGACUUAUAACUGGUUGUAGAGGUAACUCUUCCCAUAACCUGCCACCCAAGUUACUACUGGUAUCCUUUGAUGGUUUCAGAGCUGACUAUCUACAGAACUAUGAAUUUCCUCAUCUCCGGAAUUUUAUCAAAGAAGGAGUCCUGGUAGAGCAUGUUGAAAAUGUCUUUAUCACAAAAACAUUUCCAAACCACUACAGUAUUGUGACAGGCUUGUAUGAAGAAAGCCAUGGCAUCGUGGCUAAUUCCAUGUAUGAUGUAAUCACAAAGAAACAUUUUUCUGACUUUGAUGACAAGGAUCCUUUUUGGUGGAAUGAGGCAGUACCUAUUUGGGUGACCAAUCAGCUUCAGGAAAACAGAUCAAGUGCCGCUGCUAUGUGGCCUGGAACAGACGUACCCAUUCACAAUACCACACCUUCCUAUUUUAUGAAUUAUAGCUCUUCAGUGUCAUUUGAGGAGAGACUGAAUAAUAUUACCAUGUGGCUGAUGAAUUCGAACCCACCAGUUACCUUUGCAACACUCUAUUGGGAAGAACCAGAUGCAAGUGGCCACAAAUAUGGACCCGAAGAUAAAGAAAACAUGUACAGAGUGUUGAAAGAAGUAGAUGACCUUAUUGGUGAGCUAGUCCACAAACUCAAGGUGCUAGGAUUGUGGGAAGAUCUCAAUGUGAUCAUUACAAGUGAUCAUGGGAUGACCCAGUGCUCUAAGGACAAACUGAUAAACUUGGAUCUCUGCAUUGAUCAUUCAAGCUACACUCUUGUAGAUUUGACUCCAGUUGCUGCUAUACUUCCCAAAAUAAAUACAACAGAGGUUUAUAACAAACUGAAAAUCUGUAACCCUCACAUGAAUGUUUAUCUCAAAGAAGACAUUCCUGCCAGAUUUCAUUACCAACAUAAUGAUCGAAUUCAGCCUAUUAUUUUGGUUGCUGAUGAAGGCUGGACAAUUGUGUUAAAUAAGUCAUUACCAAAAUUAGGUGACCAUGGUUAUGAUAAUUCUUUGUCUAGUAUGCAUCCAUUUCUAGCUGCCCACGGUCCAGCAUUCCACAAAGGCUACAAACACAGCACAAUUAACAGUGUGGAUAUUUAUCCAAUGAUGUGCCACAUCCUGGGAUUAAAACCACAUCCCAAUAAUGGAACCUUUGGUCAUACUAAGUGUUUGUUAGUUGACCAGUGGUGCAUUAAUCUCCCGGAAGCCAUUGGAAUUGUUAUUGGUGCCCUCUUGGUCUUAACCACGCUAACAUGCCUCAUUAUAAUCAUGCAGAAUAGACUGUCCGUACCCCGUCCAUUUUCCCGACUUCAGCUGCAAGAAGACGACGAUGAUCCUUUAAUUGAGUAACAUGUGCUGGAGUUUAUCUUUGAUUAGUCACAAUACCAAGGAUAUACUCAAGAAAUGGUGUUCUAACGAUGAAAAAUAUACCUUGAAAGACAACUUAGACCAAGUAUGCUAGAAUUAUUUUGUUUUUCCUUGUGCUUUGUUUUGGUGCAUCAGCUAAUACAAAAAACCCUGACCAUAGUAAAAAUUGCUAGUAAAUCAUUAGUUAACACCAACUGUUUCUCUAACUGGAAACUUUUUUUUAUGAAAAAUAUUGCCUCUGCCUUUUUUUUUUGCAAUGAAGAUUUGACACAUUUUUAAAUAAAAAUAUAUCAAAAUUUAGUAGGCAUGCUUUUCUAAUAGAUUUUUAUAUUUGUAACUGAAACAACAGAAAUCUUUAUGCAAUUAGUGGAUUUUGUGUAU